AUGACAGAGUUUGAAGCAGCCAAAUUCUUAUGGAGGCGACACCCAGGAUACCGCGAGAAAUCUGAUGAGUGGAUGACCGUGUUAUUGUUCAUGAAUCGGUCAGUGGGAGGAUAUCCUACUGUCCUGAUCCCUCAGUUCGCAGCUCAUGCAUCCCAGGACACUUUGAGCUUAGGCCUUAGCAUACUGAAAUAUGCUCUUCAGAACAACCUCUUCCGGAUGGAAGUACAUUCUUUGCUAGAUAUAAGCAAACCAUUACAUGUGGAUCAUAUCCAGCUGAUAAAAGACCUUGGGAGCAUACCGCUCAAUCUCCCACCACAGCCGGAAAAUAUGAUUAGACAAAGAUUGCGAGAAGGCCUUCCUACCAUAGUGAAGAACCGAGAAAUGCUGGCAAUAUUUAACACCAAGGCGGAGGCUGAGGAGGAAACGCUUAAAAAGGAUGUGUUAGCUAUACGGCCAAUCAAUCCGAAGUUGUGUAAAAUUUAG